AUGUCGAUGACACGAACCUGGACAUGUCAGAAGAUGGAAUGUCUCGCAUUAUUCAGUGAAGUCUUGUUUGAAAUGUGUUUCAUGACAUCAGGACGUCAUCGAGGCCGCUUGGAAAGCAGGCGGAUGUCGCUGUUGACAAAUCCGGCAGUGCUAAGAUUCCGUACAGGGUUACUCGGACUGCCGGGCACCGACGGCCGGGACAUCCGAAGAGCGAGGCAUGAGGCGAGAAAGAAGCGACAGAGUGGAAGCAAUAAGAGGGCAGCGAGCAUCGGAGGAACGUUUAUCCAUCCCCUCAUUUUCGCUUCGCCCACAAAAUACGGUCCGACCGGCGGUGGACUCGGUGGGAUAGUGGGGGAUUCCAAUGCACCCUCGUGCCUUGCAUCGGCACAUCGGCAGACGCCCUAUCUCGGUCGGGCUGUCGGCGGCCCAGGCGCGAGAUGCCGCAAUGACUUCACCAGCUGGUUGCCGCCCGAUGGACGGUGUAUCCGAGCGAGCGACUUCAUGGGCGCCUCGACUUCAGACGUAUCACAUCCCGUUGCCAGUUACCGGACGGUCGAGACCCGGACGCAUAUGCGUGCCAUCGGAGCCGUGGCGACAGAAUGGCGACAGCGCAGACGGCCAGAACUGCAGCACUACGGAACAUCGAUCCAAGGCCAAGACCAGGCGUACAGGGCCCCCAACAAAGCCCAGCCGGUGGCGACACUGCGCUAUUCUCUGGCGACACCACCUUACGGCAGACAGACCUGCAGCCUGGACGCCGAGGAAGACGCAACGCAGGGCUGCGAUGGCAUGCUCGCGGGGAAGUCGUCCUCGUGCCCCUUUGCCUUUCAUAAAGAGAGGAGACUUUGGGGGUCCACGAUCCACCAUGCAUGCUCACGCCUUCAUGCGCCUUUCACAGCAUCUGGCAACCAACACGGCUCUUGCAAGCGAGACCACUGCCAAUCCCUCCUCCAUGAGAUCAUCUCAUUUCCAAUUGCCGCCCGAUACCAUGCCCCAUUUCUAAUCCAGGCCUGA